UUGUUGAGCGGCGGGGUGGUGGUGGUGGUGGUGGUUACGCGCGCGUAAAGCGCGCACGCGGGUCUCCAUGGUGAAGGCGGGGGAGGGGGCGGCCUCAGCAAGUGGCAGCGACUAAUGUCGCUGGCGGCGGCGGCGAGUCGGAUCCCCCUGGUCAGCGCGAGGUGCCAUGUCCCGGGGCUGCUGUACCCACCUCCUGUGGGAUGUGAGGCAGCGGAGUUUGGGGCUGGAGGAGCCCGGCCUGUUGCGGAGGCGAUACCUAGGAAGGAGAGAAUUUAUCCAAAGAUUAAAACUUGAAGCAACGCUGAAUGUGCAUGAUGGCUGUGUGAAUACAAUAUGCUGGAAUGAUACAGGAGAAUAUAUUUUAUCUGGAUCUGAUGAUACUAAUCUUGUAAUUACUAAUCCAUAUAGUAGAAAGGUUUUAACAACCAUUCGCUCAGGACACAGGGCAAAUAUUUUUAGUGCAAAAUUUUUGCCAUGCACCAGUGAUAAACAGAUCGUGUCCUGUUCAGGAGAUGGAGUCAUUUUUUUUACCAAUGUUGAGCAAGAUGCUGAAACCAACAGACAGUGCCAAUUCACAUGCCAUUAUGGAACUACUUAUGAGAUCAUGACAGUCCCCAAUGAUCCGUAUACUUUUCUAUCUUGUGGAGAAGAUGGCACUGUGAGAUGGUUUGAUACUAGAAUCAAGACAAGUUGCACAAAAGAAGAUUGUAAAGAUGAUAUUUUAAUAAACUGUAGGAGGGCAGCCACCUCUGUAGCUAUUUGCCCUCCAAUACCAUAUUAUCUUGCAGUUGGUUGCUCCGAUAGUUCAGUAAGAAUUUACGAUCGACGAAUGCUUGGCACAAGAGCAACAGGUAAUUAUGCAGGCCGGGGUACCACAGGAUUAGUGGCGCGUUUUGUUCCUCCCCAUCUGAACAACAAAUCAUGUAGGGUAACAUCUCUAUGCUACAGUGAAGAUGGCCAAGAAAUUCUUGUGAGCUAUUCUUCAGAUUAUAUAUACUUGUUUGAUCCCAAGGAUGACACAGCUAGAGAACUUAAAGUUCCGUCUUCAGAUGAAAGAAGAGAAGAAUUACGGCAGCCUCCUGUCAAACGACUCCGACUAAGAGGAGACUGGUCAGAUACUGGACCAAGAGCAAGGCCUGAAAGUGAGAGAGAAAGAGAUGGUGAACAGAGCCCUAAUGUUUCAUUAAUGCAAAGAAUGUCUGACAUGUUGUCAAGAUGGUUUGAAGAAGCAAGUGAAGUUGCACAGAGCAACAGAGGAAGAGGACGAUCUCGGUCUAGAGGUGGCAGCAGUAGAUCAGAUGUCUCUGCUGCUGGCAAUGUCUUAGCAAGUGCUGAAACAGAGGCCACAAUGGAAGUAGAUGGUCCUGAACAGCUGCAAUCAUCAUCAUCUACAGUGUCAGCUCAAGCUCCCUCAACAUCUUCCUCGACUGAAAGCCCCCCAUCUACUUCCUUGCUAUCCUCUCCUGAUAACGAACAAAGGCCAUCUUUGGAGACCCCUGCACCUCCUACACUCCAUCAGUCUGAAUUAAUGGCGCCUGAGUUAGCUAUACUCCGUAGGGGCCUGCAGCGGCUGAGGCUUAAGAAGGCUGAACAGCAGAGACAGCGAGAGCUAGCUGAGGGUUCAGCACAACAGUCCUCCAGCUCUGAUCAGUCUUCCCCUAAGGGAUCCCCACAGGACCCUCAGCCUACAGAUGAUGAAAAGGCAAGUCCACAUCCUGGAACAAGUGAACCUGUUUUAAGUUUACAUUAUAGUACAGAAGGAACAACUACAAGCACAAUAAAAUUAGACUUCACUGAUGAAUGGAGCAGUACAGCUUCAAGUUCCAGAGGGAGUGGAAAUUACAGCAAACCUGAAGGUCAGGAAGAAUCCAUGAGAACUCAGAGUUCAGAGACACCAAUAUUAGAGAGUUCAGAAUCAAGAAUUCCUGAAGACUCACAUGGGGAAAGUACAAAUGUUGAAGAAUUGACACCUACAAGUGAAAAUGUUGGAACACCACAUUCAGAUAAUGAUGUGUCUGACCAACUGGAAAGCAGUAUGGAACUAGAAAAUGAUCCUCAUCUUGACAUAACCUGCCAGACACCAGGUGAAGGUUUAUCAAGAAAAGACACAGAAGAGCAAGGAAGUGUGAGUCAACAAAGUACAGAGUCCACUGCCAACUCAAAUAAUACAAAUCAUGAACCUCAAUCCCAACCAGAUUCCUCAGGGCUUGCUUCUCAUGAAGAAUCAUCUAUGAGAAGUUCUGCUUUCCAAGAAACUGAUGAUAGCGAUGAUGACCCUGUUCUGAUACCAGGAGCCCGGUUUCGUGGAGGAGUAGGCCAUAGACGAUCUGCUGUAGCUCGCAUUCAGGAGCUCUUCAGAAGAAGGAAAGAGAGAAAAGAGAUGGAGGAAUUGGAAACACUGAAUAUUAGACGCCCUUUAAUAAAAAUGGUUUACAAAGGUCAUCGAAACUCCCGGACAAUGAUUAAAGAAGCCAAUUUUUGGGGUUCUAACUUUGUUAUGAGUGGUUCAGAUUGUGGCCAUAUUUUCAUCUGGGAUCGGCAUACUGCUGAGCACUUGAUGCUGCUGGAAGCAGAUAACCACGUGGUGAACUGUCUGCAGCCACAUCCAUUUGACCCAAUUCUAGCCUCAUCAGGUAUUGAUUAUGAUAUAAAAAUCUGGUCUCCACUAGAAGAAUCCAAAAUUUUUAAUCGGAAACUUGCUGACGAGGUUAUAACUCGAAAUGAAUUAAUGCUGGAAGAAACCAGAAACACAAUCACUGUUCCAGCUUCUUUUAUGCUAAGGAUGUUGGCAUCUUUGAACCAUAUAAGAGCAGACCGGCUGGAAGGAGACAGGUCUGAAGGAUCUGGCCAAGAGAAUGAAAACGAAGAUGAAGAGUAAUUGGCUCUUCUCUGAAAGCACCUAGACGUCAUGAAAUUUGUAUAAGUCAUGAAUUAUAUUUUUCCUUACAAAGCUUUAGUGCAAUUUUAAGGUUUUGCUUUUGAGUAACCUAACGUUUUGAUUUUGAAUGAAUGUGUGCAUGACUUGCAAAAGUGUGCAAGUAAAAUAAGCAAAAUAUUUUUAAAAUGUUUUGCAGUGUAUGAGGGGUGCUAGAAAAUGCGAAGUGCAAUAUUUUCCCUUAACUUGCAAACAUGGGAGCUUGGAUCAGUGUUUUAAAAUAACUUACCUUAUAGUGAAAACAUUGGUUCAAAUAAAUUUCUAUACCUGCUAUUUGCAUGUUUGUUGCUUUCUAUUAAAAGAUGUGGUUGUUUUA